GCUUGAACGAGCUUCUGGAAUAUGUUCAAGAUUAUUUUAUUAUAAAGGAAAAUGAUUGGUUACAUGAAAAUUUUAAUGAAUAUUGUCAUCUUAUAUUUCAACAUGAUAAUUUUCAAAAACUUCAAGAACAUUGCAUAAAAAUGGUUUCAGAUGAUCCACAAAAAUUUCGUAGACAUGGAAGAUUUAUGCAAUGGCCUGAUAAUUUAGUAAUUGGAAUAUUAAAAAGGGAUGACCUUCAUCUUGAAGAGAUUGAUGUUUGGAAUAUUUUAAUUAAAUGGGGAACAGCUCAAAUUAAAUUACCUUUUAAUAAUCCAAAUGAUUGGACUUCAGAUGAUUUCUCCAAAUUAGCUUUAAAAUUAAAAGAUUGUAUACCAUAUAUAAGAUUUUAUCAUAUAUCAGGUGCAGAUUUUUUUAAUCAUGUUAGACCUUUUAAAAUUUUACUUCCAAAAGAUUUAUAUAAUGAACUUUUAAAUUAUCAUCAAUUUAAAAUUGAUAAACCUCAAUUUACUACUAUACUCUCACCUCGUGGAAUUGUACUUGAUUCAAAAUUAUUUGGUACUAGACAUGCAGCUUUAAUCGCAAGUUGGAUUGAUCGUCAAGAAAAUUUUAAUCCUGUUACAUGUCAUUUGGUUCCUUAUCAAUUUAAUCUUUUAUUAAGAGGUUCAAGAGAUAAUUUUAAAUGUUCAACUUUUCAUAGACUUUGUGAUAAUCAAGGUCCUGCUCUUAUAGUAUUAAAAGUUAAAGGUACAGGAGAAUUAUUAGGUGGUUAUAAUCCAAAUGGUUGGAAUUCAACAGGUGAUUGGAUUGAAAGUACAGAAAGUUUUAUAUUUUCUUUAGGUGAUGGUAAAGAUCCUAAUCAUUCAAUUUUAAGUCGUAUUAAAUAUUCUAAUUUUAAAUGUGCUAUCGAUGAUUCUCCUUGUAUUGGUCCAUGUUUUGGAACUUCUGAUUUGGCUAUGGUAGAAUCUUCUAGAGUUGCAAAUGGUAAAUUUAUUUAUGAUCUUCCUUGGAGUUGUAUUCAAAAUUGUUAUGAAAGAACUAUAACUUCAACUACAAAUUUCGCCAUUGAAGAUUAUGAAGUUUUUAAAUUAAUACAAAAAACUCCUCGUACCACAUAAUUAUUCGUAAUGUUGGGGGAAAAAUAAAAUACCGUAAUGUUGGGGAAAAAAACAAUAAUUAAUUGAAAACAAAUUAUUACGAAUUAUUAUUAUUAUUAUUAUUAUUAUAUAUAUAUAUAUAUAUAUAUAU